CCUCGCUCGACCCGGCCGACAUCUGGUUGUCUGGGCCGACUCGCCUUGAAACCGAGCUGGCUACUGGAAGGGAGCGGCAGUUUGGGUUUGCUCGCCGCAUCUUGAUCCCACUCCAUCUCACCGACUGCACGAGGCUCCCGUCGCUGUCGAUCGGUGCAAAGUGAAUCAACUCUGAAUGAACCGACAAACCGGUCCAAGGAACAAAUCGGCUGCCAAGCCAACGGGCCCCAAAUGGCUCCUGCUUGCGCUUCUGGUGCUGCUUCCGCUGCUCCUGAGCAUUCCCAUCGACGGCGUCGUCCGGCAUUUCGCCAGCAUCCCGAACGACACCCAGCCAGCGACGCUCGAGAGUGCCCGGGCUCGGAUUGCUCAGACCGUGAAUCGGUAUUCGCCUGUCUAUCUUCCUCUGUCCCCGCACGAUCUGGGCGUCCUUCAGUCCCUCGCUUGCAUCAACCUUCCGCAGUUCAUCCAGACGUCCUACUGGUGCGAUGGAUUGCUGAAUGCUCGCAACGAAGCAGGCACACCCAACCCAUCGACGCCCGAUACCAUGCACCCUCCCGCCAGCCAGCAUUCCCCCUCAGACGACCAGCAGCAACAGCAACUCCACAGCUGCAUCUUCUGCCAGAUUGCAGAAAAAUCGCCGGAGGGAGGAAACCGCAAGCUGCUCUAUGAGGACGCAGACUUUGUCGCCUUUCACGACAUCAACCCAUCGGCCCAGCAGCACAUCCUGGUGAUUCCUCGCAGCCACAUCGACAACAUUUACAACCUCACUGCCGAAUCGCUGUCUCUGCUCGACAACAUGACCCAGGUCGGCCACACCGUCCUCAACGACCUCGGCGUCAAGCCCGAGGACCGGCAGUUCGGCUUCCAUGUCCCGCCUUUCACAUCCGUUCCACAUCUCCAUAUGCAUGGCUUUGGCAAACCUUUCAAGAACUGGCUGCGGACGAUCAAGUAUCCAAGCUCUUACCACGGCUGUCGCUGGUGGAUCGAUAUGGAGCGCCUGAGGUCGUCCAUCGAACGAGCCAAAGCCCAGAGCCUCCCCGGCACCUGGAGCUGGAGCUGGACCAGCCGGGUCUAAAGGCUUCCGAGACUGUUAUUGGAGAGGAUGCGGUAUCCGAACCUACAAUUGUCGCAAAGUCG